AUGCAAGAAACCGCCGGCAAGAAGGUCCUUCUCAUUGAAGCAGUAGAGUUCAAGGAGGAGGAUGAAGAAGUGGCCAUAGAAGAGCAACCUGAUGAUGAGGAGAUUAUCAAAGAAGAUGUGGGAAGUUGUGAGAAUAUUUUGUCUACAACAGUCAUUCAAAAAUUGGGAAUCAUGCCUGAGGAGGAUCCUAGGCCUUACAAGCUUGCAAGGCUCAAGAAAGGAGGGGAGGUCAAUUCUCAUUCUAUGCAAAGAAAUCAAAGUCUUGGAAGUCUGUUAGAACCUAAUCAAGAAUUUGAGAGGGAUUUCCGACUUCAAUAUCAAAGGAAAGCCAAGCUUAAAGAGUCCUCACAAGCAUCAAACAUGGAGGAUAAUAGUAAAACUUUGAAGGAAUUUGCAGCCCCGAGUGCUCAAGGAUUGUAUUCCAGCAUUGCAAUGCCACCGGUUGAAGCAAACAAUUUUCAGCUGCAGCCAGCACUCAUGUCAUUAAUUCAGCAGAAUCAGUUUGGAGGUUCCCCUGUAGAAGAUCCACACCUCCAUCUCUCUGUUUUUCUCGAAUACUAUGACACUGUUAAGCUCAAUGGAGUCCCACAGAAUGCAGUUAGACUCAGACUUUUUCCAUUCUCUUUACGGGACAAGGCUCGAGCUUGGUUACAUUCACUACCUGAAGGCUCUAUCAAAACAUGGGAUCAAUUGCUCCAAGUUUUUCUUUCUAAGUAUUUCCCGCCAAGCAAAACAGCUCAGUUGCGGAACCAAAUCACUGGUUUUUAUCAAAAGGAUGGUGAAUCACUGUAUGAAGCUUGGGACAGAUUCAAGGAACUUAUGAGACUAUGCCCACACCAUGGCUUGGAGAAAUGGCUGGUUGUGCAAACCUUCUACAGUGGAUUAAACUAUAACUCUCGCAUUUUAGUUGAUGCUGCAUCAGGAGGAGCUUUGAUGAACAAAAAAGUGGAUAAUUCCUAUAAUUUAAUUGAAGACAUGGCUCUCAACCAUUGCCAAUGGGCAAGUGAAAGAAGCAUCGCUCCAAAACCUGCAGGAAGACAUGAGGUGGAGACCUUAAACUUAAUUGCAGCCAAGGUGGAUGCUUUAACUCAAAAUUUUGACAAACUGAAUGCUCCAAGUGCCGCCAAUGCUACAUGUGAAAUCUGUGGUUCCACAGGACAUCUAGCUGUAAACUGUCAACUGAUCGCAUCCCCCUCUUCAGAACCAUCAGUGGAGCAAAUGAACUAUCUCAAUUUCAGUCAAAGACCCAUCAAUGAUCCAUUCUCCAACACCUACAACCCUAGUUGGCGAAAUCAUCCUAAUCUUUCCUACAAGAGCAAUCAACCUCACUUUGAUCAAAACCACAGCUCUAAUGUCCCUAGACAGCCACCAGGAUUCCAGCAGAGAAUUUCUAAUCCACAACCUGUGCAGAAAUCAAAUUUGGAGGCUUUGCUAGAGAAUUUUGUUGUAACACAAGCCAAGGAAAAUGAAGAGUUUAAGCAACAAGGUCAAGUCAUGAAUGAAGCAAUUCAGCAGCUUACUUCUAAGGUUGAUUCCUUGGCUACCCACAACAAAAUGCUGGAAAAUCAGAUUGCUCAACAAGCUAGUUCUUCAUCCAGACCCCUAGUGAUGUUUCCAGGAAAACCAGAAAUUAAUCCAAGUGAGCAUUGCAAAGCUAUAACUCUAAGGAGUGGAAAACAAUUGGAAGAUCCCAAGUCAAAACAAGCUGAAAAUGAAAACAUUGGGGUGAAUCCAGCUGAAAAAAAUGAUACACAACAGCAAACGGCUGAACACAACAGUGGAGAUGCAGAAAAAGUUGAUGAAACACCGAGGUAUAUACCCCCAAAACCUUACAUACCACCUGUGCCAUUUCCACAAAGGUUAGCCAAGGCCAAGUUGGACAAGCAAUUUGGAAAGUUUUUAGAAGUUCUUAAGAAGUUAUACAUCAACGUUCCUUUCACAGAAGCUUUGUAACAAAUGCCAUCAUACGCGAAAUUUUUAAAGGAUAUUCUGUCCAAGAAAAGGAGAUUAGAAGAGUAUGAAACUGUGGCAUUAACGGAGGAGUGCAGUGCAUUAAUCCAAAACAAAUUGCCUCCAAAACUGAAAGAUCCGGGCAGCUUCUCGAUUCCAUGUGAGAUUGGGGCAGCAAGCUUUGAGAAAGCUCUAUGUGAUCUAGGUGCAAGUGUAAGCUUGAUGCCUUUGUCAGUGUGCAAGAAACUAGACAUGGGAGAGUUAAAGCCGACAACAAUUUCCUUGCAGCUCGCGGAUCGAUCCGUCAAACAUCCAAUAGGUAUUCUUGAAGACAUCCCAAUCAAGGUCGGUAAGUUCUUUGUACCCGCUAACUUUGUGGUGUUAGAAAUGGAGGAAGACACUCAAAUUCCAAUCAUUCUGGGGAGACCCUUCUUGGCAACUGCAGGGGCACUUAUUGAUGUUAAAAAUGGCAAGCUUUCUUUAACUUUUGGUGAAGAAAAAGUAGAAUUUGAUUUGGCUAACUCUGUUAAACACUCUUUUGUUGAAAGUUCAUGUUGUAGGGUUGAUCUACUUGAACAAGCUAUCAAAGAGGAGUUGCCAAAACACAUUUCCAAAGACCCUGUCCAGUUGUGUUUGGUACAAGAUGAGCAGAAAGAUAAUAAAGAUGGUGAGAAUGAGAAAUGUGCACAGCUGCUGCAGUCUAAGAAAUUUCUGCAACCCCUGCAGCUCAUAACUGAAAUUUUGGAACCAGUUUCCACAAUACACAACCCAGAAGACUGUAAAGCUCCCAAGGUAGAACUAAAAUCUCUCCCAUCCACUCUCAGGUAUGAAUUUCUUGGACCUAAUUCCACAUAUCCUGUGAUUAUUAAUGCUGACCUAAGCAGGGCGGAAUCUGAAAAACUUCUCAAUGAGCUUAAAUUGCACCAAAAAGCCAUAGGAUACACAAUAGAUGACUUGAAAGGAAUACAACCAUCAAUUUGCAUGCACAGAAUUCUACUUGAACCUAAUUUUAAACCUUCUAUUGAGCACCAAAGAAGACUAAACCCCAAUAUGAAGGAAGUUGUUAGGAAAGAGGUGCUUAAAUUGCUUGAUGCCGGUGUGAUUUACCCAAUUUCCGAUAGUGAGUGGGUCAGCCCUGUGCAAGUAGUUCCCAAAAAAGGAGGCAUGACUGUUUUGAAAAAUGAAAAUGAUGAAUUAAUCCCAACUAGAAUUGUCACUGGCAUUAAAGUAGACAAAGCGAAGGUGGAAGUCAUAGAGAGGAUGCAGCCACCUACAACAGUUAAAGCAGUCCGUAGUUUCCUAGGAUAUGCAGGAUUCUAUCGGCGCUUUAUAAAGGAUUUCUCCAAAAUUGCAAAACCCUUAACUAAUUUGUUAGCUAAUGAUGUUCCUUUUGAUUUUAAUCAUGACUGUUUGAAUGUGUUCUGCAGGUUGAAAAAGGCAUUAACCACCGCACCAAUAAUUCAGCCACCUGAUUGGGAGUUGCCCUUUGAAAUCAUGUGCGACGCGAGCGACUACGCUGUAGGAGUUGUGCUUGGCCAGCGGAAGGAAAAGAGAUUGAAUGCAAUCUACUAUGCAAGCAAAGCGUUAGAUGAAGCCCAAGUUAACUAUGCCACAACAGAAAAAGAACUCCUGGCGGUUGUGUUUGCUUUCUACAAAUUCAGGUCCUACCUCGUUGGCUCCAAAGUGAUAGUAUACACAGAUCAUGCUGCGAUCAAAUAUCUCCUAAGCAAAAAGGAUGCAAAGCCAAGGCUAAUUAGGUGGAUUCUCCUCCUUCAAGAAUUUGAUCUUGAGAUUCGUGAUAAGAAAGGUGCAGAAAAUGUGGUAGCCGACCACCUCUCAAGAUUGCAUCAAGUUGUGGAAAAGAAUGGAGAGAAUGAGCUGGCUAUUAACGAUGCAUUUCCUGAUGAACAACUGCUGAGAAUUUCCACAGUUGACACUCCAUGGUAUGCAGAUUUUGUGAACUACCUAGUUUGUGGAAUUCUGCCACCAGACCUGAAAUUCCAGCAGAAGAAAAAGUUCUUUUCAGACUUGAGACACUAUUUUUGGGAUGAACCAUUUCUUUACAAACGAUGUGCUGAUGGAAUACUUCGAAGGUGUAUCCCUGAAGAUGAAGCAGAAAAAGUCUUGUUCCAUUGUCACUCUUCAUCUUAUGGUGGUCACUGUAGCUCUUCAAAAACUGCAGCCAAAAUACUUCAAGCUGGGUUUUAUUGGCCUACACUUUUCAAAGACACGAGGAGAUUUGUGCUUGCUUGUGAUCGUUGUCAAAGAACAGGAAACAUUUCAAGAAGGCAUGAAAUGCCUCUUAAUUACAUCCUUGAAGUGGAAAUCUUUGACGUUUGGGGAAUAGAUUACAUGGGGCCGUUUCCAUCUUCAUGCAACAACAGAUAUAUUCUUGUGGCUGUGGAUUACGUUUCCAAAUGGGUUGAAGCUGUUCCAUCCCCAACAAACGAUGCCCGGACUGUAAUUAAGCUCUUCAAACGGGUAAUUUUUCCAAGAUUCGGAGUUCCUAGAGCUGUCAUAAGUGAUGGAGGAUCACACUUCAUAGAAAGACAAUUUGAAAGCCUCCUUAGAAAAUAUGGGGUAACACAUAAGAUCGCCACGCCGUACCACCCUCAAACAAGUGGGCAGGCUGAAAUUUCAAAUAGGGAGAUCAAAAACAUACUUGAGAAAACGGUUUCAACAACAAGAAAGGAUUGGUCACUGAAACUUGAUGAUGCCUUAUGGGCAUAUAGAACAGCUUACAAGACCCCAAUUGGCAUGACACCAUUUCGUUUAAUUUAUGGCAAGUCUUGUUAUUUGUCGGUUGAGUUGGAACACAAGGCAUUUUAGGCAGUUAAAGCUCUUAAUUUUGAUAUGAAGACAGCCAGAGAUAAGAGGAAGCUUCAAUUACAAGAACUGGAAGAAUUGAGAUUGGAUGCCUAUGAAAAUUCGAAGAUGUACAAGGAAAGAACCAAAUUAUGGCAUGACAAGCAGAUUUUUCGCAGAGAAUUUCAGGAAGGAGAUUUGGUCCUGCUUUUUAAUUCACGACUCAAGCUUUUUCCAGGGAAAUUAAGGUCGAGAUGGUCAGGACCUUUUGUAGUGAACAAGGUCUUCCCGUAUGGCGCUGUUGAGGUUCACAGUGCAACAACAGGCACUUUCAAGGUUAAUGGGCAAAGACUGAAGCAUUAUAUUGUUGGAGAACCUAUUGAGAAAGGGAGAACUUAUGUUCAGAGUUGUCCCAGAGCUCUUUUCAGCUCAUUUGAUGUUCAAAUGUACAGAUCAGACUACCAGCAGCCAGUGCAGAUUCGUCAGGUUCACCUGACCAGGAGAACCAGACGCGCAGCUGCUGCAACCAGCUCCGAGGACCAGCCUCCGCAACCUCCUCCGGCGAGCCACCCCAACAUUGAACAGCUGCUUAACGCUUCCACUCACCACAUCAUAUUCAAGGAUGCUUUCCAAAGGAAUAGGUACCGAGUUCUUUCUAAACGGAAAAUCAUCCCAACCAGGUAUGUUGAUGACAAUCUUCUCCGCACCUUGGGUAUCCUUGAUGAUGUAUAUUGGAUGGUAGGCAACCUAGAGUGGACCGCAUUUGUCAACAUGAGAUUCCCCACAUAUGAACGUCUCACCCUAGAGUUCUUAAGCUCAGUUGAUGUCCAUGUUUUGUACGGUCCAGGUAGUGAGGAAGGUAAAAUCACAUUUAGACUCCUCAACCAGGAUUUUCAGCUUAAUUUGGCUCAAUUUAACCACAUUUUCGGUCUUCCAACCGGUGGUGACCGCAGGACACCUAAAGACUUUGAUGCCACUGAUUUUUGGCACACCCUCACCAAUGAACCCAAAUAUGAACCCUCAACUGCUAGGGCAACCAGUCUUAGGAAUCCAUGUUUCCGCUACAUCCAUCGUAUUAUGGCCCUUUCUUUGUUUGGUCGUGGUGAGUGUGAGGCCAUUGUUAGGCAGUCCGAGCUCAUGUUUCUCUGGGCAAUGCUCCACAACACCCCUUUAGAUACUGGUUCCCACUUGGCUCGUCAAUUUGCUAAAGUAGGCAAGGCUUCCUCAGGAGACAUUGUCCUUGUUGGUCUUAUUACUCCUAUUGCCUUUGCUUUACAUCAUGACCUGUCUCCGUUUCAGAGUAUUCCAGGCAAUAUUCGGUUGGACAUGGAAGCUUGCAUUGCUAUGAAGAUGAUCGUCAAAGAAGCUGAUGUCCACUACCUCAUUCUCAAAGAGACACCACGUUAUCCUCUUCCCGAUCCUGAGUAG